AUGACCGCCAAAGUCCGACCCUUCAACUCUCCAAGCUCCCUGGCAGAGAGGCUAGCUGAACCUCUGCCCGUGACGGCCACUCCUCGAAAGUUUUCGGCAUCUGCUGCAUCCACCUCGCCCCGGUCACCUCUCAACUCGUCUGGCACUUACACCAGAAUGCCUUCAGACAAUGGUGGAAAGGUCAACCAACAUGGAGGCAUCACAUUUGCUGCCCAGGAUAAGCUGCCCAAGCUCCCCAUUCCAGACCUGGCUAGUACCAGUAAAAAGUACUUGGAGGCGCUGAAGCCUCUGCAGACUCCCAGGGAGCAAGCUGAAACAGAGCACGCCGUGAGAAACUUUCUGGCCACGGACGGGCCAGACCUGCAGCGGAAGUUGAGCAAGUAUGCUCAGGGCAAGACCAGUUACAUCGAGCAGUUUUGGUACGACUCCUACCUCAAUUUUGACAACCCUGUCGUUUUAAAUCUGAAUCCCUUCUUCCUCCUCGAAGAUGAUCCCACACCCGCACGCGGCAACCAAGUGACGCGUGCUGCAUCCCUGGUCGUCUCUGCACUCGAAUUCAUUCGGGCAGUCCGCAAGGAAGAGCUUCCGCCAGACACAAUCAAAGGCAAGCCCUUGUGCAUGUACCAGUUUUCCCGCCUCUUUGGAACAGCUCGAGUGCCUACGGAACAUGGCUGUCAGAUCGUGCAGACCCCCGAAGCGAAGCACAUCGUGGUCAUUUGCCACGGCCAGAUUUAUUGGUUUGACGUUCUCGACGACAACUCAGACGUCAUCAUGACGGAAAAGGACAUUGCCGUCAACCUGCAGACAAUUACCGAGGACGCGGCUCAGACUCCCAUCCAGGAAGCGGCCAAAGGUGCUUUGGGGGUGCUGAGUACCGAGAACCGCAAGAUCUGGUCAGGUCUGAGGGACGUCUUGACCAAGGAUGCUGGAUCCAACAAUGCCGAUUGUCUCAACAUUGUGGAUUCCGCCCUCUUUGCGCUGUGCCUCGAUUAUACCGAGCCGCAAGACGUUGCUGCCCUGUGCCAAAACAUGCUGUGCGGCACAAGUGAGGUGAAGAACGGAGUGCAGAUUGGAACCUGUACCAAUCGCUGGUACGACAAGAUGCAAAUCAUUGUCUGCAAAAACGGGAGCGCGGGAAUCAACUUUGAGCACACCGGUGUCGACGGACACACUGUCCUUCGAUUCGCCAGCGACGUCUACACAGACACCAUUCUGCGAUUUGCGCGCACCAUCAAUGGGCAGGCCCCGACGCUGUGGACGUCGACGAGUCCAGACCCGCUGAAACGAGAUGCCGAGAGCUUUGGAGACGUCAACACCACACCGCGCAAGCUCGAGUGGGACAUGAUUCCCGAACUGAGUAUCGCUGUGCGCUUCGCGGAGACGAGACUGGCCGAUCUCAUUGAGCAGAACGAGUUUCAGUGCCUCGACUUCAAGUCUUACGGCAAGAACUUCAUCACCUCUAUGAGUUUCUCGCCCGAUGCGUUCGUCCAGAUGGCGUUUCAGGCAGCAUACUACGGUCUCUAUGGCCGCGUGGAAUGCACCUAUGAGCCAGCCAUGACCAAGUUCUACCUCCAUGGCCGGACAGAGGCAAUUCGCACCGUCUCCAGGGAGUCGGUUGAGUUUGUGCAGGCCUUUUGGGCAGACCACCCCGUCGAGCACAAGAUUGAGGCGCUGAAGCGCGCUUGUCAGAAACACGUCGAACGCACGAGGGAAUGUCUCAAGGCCGAAGGCUGCGAUCGCCACCUGUAUGCUCUGUUCUGCGUCUGGCAAAAGUACGUCGACGACGAGGCAGACAGCAGCACGGGCAGCAUCGGUCGCUCCAGCUCACCCGAAUUUUCCCCCGUCAGCAGUCUCGGCACCGAGUCCCCCAGACCGGCAGAUGAAGUCCCGGACGCCAAGUCAAGCACAGAGCGCGGCGACAGCUCAAACUCUCGGUCACGGGAUGCGCACCCCCUCCCACUGAUCUUUGCUGACGGCGGCUGGGACAAGCUCAACACGACCGUGCUGUCAACCUCCAACUGCGGCAACCCGUCCCUUCGGCAGUUCGGAUUCGGCCCCACGUCUGGCGACGGCUUCGGAAUAGGGUACAUCAUCAAGGACGACUGCAUCUCCAUCUGCGUGUCCAGCAAACACCGCCAGACGAAGCGCUUCGUAGACACGCUGGAGAGCUAUCUUCUCGAAAUCCGACGCAUCCUGAGAAUCACGAACCGCGCAUGCUCAACCGUCAAGAGCAGCCGAGCGCGGGAGGCCGAGUCGUCGAGGCCAAAGCAGAUGAACCGACUCAAGUCCCGCGGGCGAUUGAUCACGGCGGAAGGCGCGGCCAAGGAAACGGUCAGCCAGACGGAAGAGGGUGCGGCUGGAAGCGACGACGACGAGUUGGGCGGCUACGGCUUCUUUGAUGCUGGAAUGCUCCUCCAGACUUUGAAGGCGCAUGAUGCAGCAGACGACCAGGCUCAUGGCAAGGCUUCCGAGAGGGCGGCUGUGCACGCAAGGCGGAGGGAUGUAGGCAAGAAGUUGAGGCUGACGACAGAGUAA